AUGAAAAGGAAACCGUGGCUUAUUGCAUCAAAGUGCUGUGUGUUGAAUCUUUCCUUGCAUCACCAAUUCCAUUGCAAUAUGUUUCAAGGUCGAGUGUCGAAGACCGACUCCCUGUUGGUGAUGGCCAUUGACUUCGGGACGACCUAUUCUGGAUACGCCUUUCAGUUUAGACAUGACUAUGAAGCUGACAGGAUUGGAAGUAUUUUUACUAACACGUCAUGGGUUGCAGAGGGCGGGAAUGGUCUAAUGUCUUGGAAAACACCUACCACCUUGCUUCUAAAUGCAGACGACAGUUUCAACUCUUUUGGGUACGAGGCUGAGGAGGUGUACCAGGACUUGAUAGAAAACGAAGAACACCAUGACUACCACUAUUUCCGCCGAUUUAAAAUGAUGCUCCACAACAAAAUGAUAAUGAACCGUGACGUCAUUAUUGAAGAUUCGGGUGGGCGUGGAUUUCCAGCUCGUACAGUGUUCAGACAUUCCAUUGAAUACCUGAAAAAGCAUUUCUUCAAAACUAUAGAAGAACGUGCAUUGAAUCUAAAACCCGAAGACAUACAGUGGGUCCUCACAGUUCCUGCAAUAUGGAAUGAACCUGCGAAACAAUUCAUGAGAGAAGCCGCAGUGGAGGCGGGAAUACCGUCAGAUAACCUGCAGUUGGCCCUUGAACCUGAAGCAGCCUCGUUGUUCUGCAAAUAUGUGCCAGCCGAGAAGCAGGCGGAUGAAGAUGGACAGAACAUGAAAAUAGUUCCAUUUAGUAUCGGGACUCGGUAUAUGAUACUAGAUCUCGGUGGUGGAACUGGCGACGUUACAGUCCAUGAAGUUGUAGAUGAAAAUUCCCUACGAGAAAUCAAUGUAGCCAGUGGAGGUGCAUGGGGAGGGACAAACGUGGAUAAGGCAUACUACAACAUGCUUAAAUCUAUUUUUGGGGAGGACGUUCUAUUGAAGUUUAAAACAGAAAGACGAACGGACAUGCUUGAGUUUCAGAGGGAUUUUGAAAUGAAAAAGAGAUAUAUUCGAGAUAAAUUGGGACAAAACACUCGACCAGUUAUUAUCUCCGUUCCAGCCGUGCUUUCUGAUUAUGUAAAAGAAAUGAAAGGCAUGAGCUUGAAAGAUAUCGUAGCAAACUCAGAGUUUGCUGACAAAAUAAAAAUAAAACCAGGGAACAAACUUGCAAUUGAUAGAGAAUUAAUGGAAACGCUAUUUGAUGAUCCUAAGAAACAAAUCGUAGCACAUGUUCGAAACAUCCUGGAAAAUCAAGAUAAUGAAAACAGAAUAUCUGCCAUAUUGAUGGUUGGUGGAUUUUCCACAUCCAAUAUUAUAGUGGAUGCGGUGAAACAGGCGUUUCCCGAACUUCGCGUUGUAGUUCCCCCGGAUGCUGGUUUAGCCAUAGUGAAAGGAGCCGUCUUAUGUGGACAUGCCCCAUUAACCAUCUCUUCACGUGUUUGCAAAUAUACGUAUGGAGUUGCUGUCUACGACAAUUUCGAUGAAAAGCGACAUCCACCGGAAAAAAGAUUGGAACACGACAACGAGGUUCUUUGUAAGGAUCUCUUCAGCAAGUUCAUCGAGGCUGGCCAAAGUGUUGAUGUCAACAAAAGUGUAGAUGAAACAUACGACGUACCAAAACCACACGCUCCAAUGUCCCUACAAAUAUAUGCAACCCCCGAUAAAAAUCCAUUGUUUACGACGGACGAGAACUGCGAGAUGCUCGGGAAAAUUAUCAUCAAACCGCCAGAGGGCGGAUGGAAAAAGGGCGCGCAAAUAAAGGUCUCUAUGAAGUUUGGAGGAACAGAGUUCGAGGUUCACGCAACAGACCCCCAGAAUCCAGAUGCAGUCUACUCAACACGGUUUGAUUUUCUGCUGUAAUCUUAUAAUAACAACCUUCAUUGUCGUAUCUUAAUUUUCGAUAUAUUUGUGUACAUUCGCUGAAUAAUUACAGAGCAAUAUGUCCAUUAUAUACUCUACAAAACUCUAUACGAAUUUUGUGCAAGCAAUUAGCUUCCAAAAAUUCGAAUACUUAUGAAUUUUACCGAAAAAAAAUGUGUUAUGAUACUCAAGAGCAAUUAGUCCCUCAAGGUCUUUAAACCAUAUUCUCAAUCAGAUCAUUUAUUUGUGAAUUUUAUUGUAACUUGUGUAAUCACUAUCAUUCACUUUUGUGCUUAUCACCAUAUUAAAAUCAAUAAAAUGCAUGUUGUGGAACUGUUCAUUUUCUAUAAGGAUAAAACUGCAUGAUUGUUGGAUGUUUCUCCUGUACAACAAUGUGAAUUGACAUUUUUUUUUCUCACCUUCUGCCUCAUAUGAAAUGCAAUACUGAAAAUGGUGUUUUUUG